CGCAAUAAACAGGGACCGUUGAUGGAAAACUAGCAUCAGAUUCUACUCUUCAUCUUUAAUUCUUUAUGUUCGCCGCUGCGAUCAAAAAGUCUACCAUCUGCGUCUGCCAAAUUUCUCCGGUGCUAGCAGCAACAAUGGCAAAAAACGUAUCAUUCAUCACUGGAUCUGAGCUCCUAUCUCUCAAAGAACGCUCUAAUGUCGCCAUCGUUGACGUCAGGGACGAUGAGCGAAGUCACGAUGGACAUAUAGCUGGAUCACUCCACUUCGCCAGCGAUACUUUUCAGGACAGGAUCCCUAAUCUCGUUCAAGCCGCUAAAGGGAAAGAUACCCUAGUCUUUCACUGUGCCCUUAGCCAGGUUCGUGGGCCGAAAUGUGCACGUAGAUUUGCAGAGUAUCUUGCAGAAGGGAAAGUGGAUGCAGGAAUAAAGAAUAUAAUGGUGCUGGAACGCGGUUAUAAUGGCUGGGAAGCAUCUGGUAAACCUGUUUGUCGCUGUCGUGGGUCCACCUGCAAAGGCGGAUGCUAAAUCCACAUACAUGUAUUGCUAUACAUCAUAUCAUACUUGGCUUUUUAUUUCUUGUGUAUAAUUAAAAUCCUAUACAUUGAAUGGUUGUCAAUCCAAAUAAUAUGAGAUGGAAGCUGUUAUAUUCUCGUUUUUAUUUUAAUUGAAAAGUCUUAGAUUCUACAUUUGAACUACAAGUGAUAAGAGAUGCCAUUAGCUAUUUUGUUAUAGGGUUAGGGAAGUUGUAUGUAUGUGAUUAUUUUAUUCGCCUCCAAACUUUGUUCAUUGAGCUUUUCGCAUAAAGCACAUUUGGUUUCGGGGUGGUAUUUCUCAUGAUGAUCGACAUCACUUCUCGCGUGUCAUGAUGGUUGGGAAUAGAGGUGAGCAUUUGGACUAGACCGGCUGUACCAGAACGAAACUCAUCACUUCUCGCGUGUCAUGAUGGUUGGGAAUAGAGGUGAGCAUUUGGACUAGACCGGCUGUACCAGAACGAAACUGGUUUUUUAGAAAUGGGUGGGUCGUGGAUCGGAUCUGUGGAAGCUUAUUGGGUGCAGAGGUUGAGUUUUUCAGUUCUUUUACAUGUUAGACCAGUUCAAUGUUAGGUGCAUAUGAUAUAAGUUGUUGAAGCCUACUAAAAGUUUGUAUUUUUAUGCUAAAGUUAGUUUAUCUAUUACGAGACUUAAAACGGAUACAUUUUUGGGUUUG